AUGCGGCCCGACUCCUGGGAAGCCGCCGCAAGGUUCUCGACUCCCAAGUUUGGCCGUCUCGCCCACCAGCGCGAGUCCUCUCUGUCCUCGCUGGGCUCAACAGGGCCGGCGUCGCCCUUCAACUCGCACAUCGCGAACCCCCAGAUCGCCGUCACCGACGCCAAUGGUGACGGCUUCAUGGACAUCCACUCCAGCGACAUCAGCCCAAACUACUACCAGCUGGCAAAGACCAUGGCGCCCUACUCAAACUUCCACCACAUGGAGCACUCCCCCGUCGAGAUGGCAUAUCCCGUCAUCCAGGGCCCUGGCGCCGGCCACCACAAGCUGCGACAGGACCGCAACCUGCUCCCAGCGCCCGACUUUGCCAACGGCCUCACCCGAUCACAUCCCGCCUCUGUGGCAAGCUCAAUAGCGGGCGACUCACCCGCCACGCCCAUUACCGGCGAUAUGGAUCUGUCCGAUAGAAGAAGGCAGCAAGCAGGCCACGUCAACGGCAACGUCCCCAAGCUGGGCCGCACCAUGACCGACGUCUACGGCGACGAGCUGUACAACCCAAACUUCACCAUUACCUCUUCGCCCCAGCAGAGCCAGGUGACUGCCGCCCCCAACGACGUCUUCAACCAGCGCAUCAAUGCCGCGAAUAGCCAGCAUCUCAAUACCGUCCACCACCACUCGCCCACCUCGAGCAUGUCUCGAGACAUUUCCCCCUUCCGCCACGGCUCUCCACUUGCGCCUUCGCCACUGCACGACUGGGCUGCCUCUCACGGCGGCGUGGCCAUCAACUCUCAGCCUCACAUGCCCGGCCAAGACCGCGGCGGCCACCACGACGCCCAGUUUUUCCAGCAGCAGAUGGCCAAGACAACCCAGCCCGCAACGCCCCAGACCAUCUCACCCAAGGAUGCCGUUCUCGAGUUUAAUGAGUCAUCGGAGGAGCCCAACAUGCCUCUGUUUUCUCACCAGCCCAUCAACUUUGGAAUGGACCACAUGGGCAGGAUACUUCCCGACAACGGGGCUGCGGCAUCCGGCGGCUAUGGCCAGGGGGACAGCGCAAGCCACAGCAUGCACCACCACCACGUACCAUCGCAGCAGCACGGGGGCAUUGCACAGGUGCCACAGCGAUAUCCAUUCAUUGCCUAUCCGCCAGCAACCGGCGACGCAUCAGCUUCCCAGCUGAGCUCGGCUGACUCCAAUACAUCCGGAUCGGCCGCUUACAGCACUCCCGUCCCGCAGAGUCGCCCUGCCGGCGCCAAUGCCGAUGGGGGCACCUACACUUGCACCUAUCACGGCUGCACGCUACGAUUUGAGACGCCUAGUCUACUCCAGAAGCACAAACGCGAGGGCCACAGGCAGUCGCACGCACUGGGCGGUGCUCGCCAACAGCAGCAGCACCACGACCACAGCGGCAUGACUUCAAGCCUGCUCAACAGCCAGGCCGGACCCCACCGCUGCGAUCGCAUCAACCCCAGCACCGGCAAGCCCUGCAAUACCAUCUUCUCGCGACCGUACGACCUGACACGGCACGAGGACACGAUCCACAACGCCAAGAAGCAAAAGGUGCACUGCAACCUGUGUACCGAGGAGAAGACAUUCAGCCGUGCUGAUGCACUGACGAGACACUACCGAGUCUGCCACCCUGAUGUUGAGCUCCCCGGCAAGCACCGACGACGCGGUGGAGCCUAG